UAGUAUGUACAUCUUUCAUGUUGAUGAUCUCAGUAAUGCGUGUGUUUUGAUGUGGCGGGAAAAGGCAGUGAAAGCAAAAUGUCUCAAAAAUCAAUAACAUCAUUUUUCAAGGUCAAACCUCAACAGGUAGACAGUGAAAAACAUGAAGAGGUACCAGAUGAAAAGAACUGUGUCGAAGAAAAACCUGGAGACAAUAUUGACUCACCAGUAAAGGCAACAAGAACAAAGAAAAGAUGUAGAAUUGAGAGUGAUAGUGAAGGUAGUGGAGGAGAAACUGAACGGUCACCCCCAACCACAAAGAAGGCAGCUUUAAGUGACAAAUCAGAUCAGAUUCUCAACGGUGAAAAAACAGCCACCAAAGGUAAUAAAGGUGUGUCAGUUGAUAAGAAAAAUGAAAAACAGAAACCUAUUGAGAAUGGUGGUGCUGAAACAGCAAAGAGAGAUGCCAGUACUGAUGAUGAUGCAGAGUCUGUUGGAAGUACUGCCAAGAACAGUGCUACUGAGGCAUCUAUUAAAGCAUCUACCCCAGAAGCAAAUCAGAGAGACAAAAGUGAAAAGAGUAUUCCAUCCAGAAAGAGUAAAGAACAAAAGGGGAAAAAGAAGAGGCAAGAUACCAACAAGGAAAACAAAAGCUCAAAAGAAUCCAUGACUGCAAAAUCUUUAGCAAAGGAUAGCGACAGUGGAAAGGAAGAAGAAGAUGGCGCAAAGUCCCCGACAAAAAGUUCACCAACAAAAAGCUCUCCAGCAAAGGAUUCUCCAACAAAGGAUUCCCCAUCAAAGAAAAUACACAGUUUUUUCGCUCCCACAAAAGCGAAAGCAAAAACUGAUGAAACAAAACAGAACAGUCCAGUUACAGAAGAAAAAAAUGAAGCUGGAAGCAAAAAAGGUACUCCUAUGAUGGGAUUAAAAUCUGAGUCUGUGUCAGAUUAUGAACCCACAAAAAAUGAUUAUCACCCUAUUGAAGAUGCAUUCUGGAAACAAGGAGAAAAGGUGCCAUACCUUGCACUUGCAAAAACUUUUGAAUCAAUUGAGAACAUUUCAGCAAGGCUUAAAAUUAUUGAGAUCCUUGCUAACUAUUUUCGGUCUGUAAUAGUUCUGAGUCCAGACGAUCUACUUCCAAGUAUUUAUCUGUGUUUGAACAAGCUGGCUCCAGCAUAUGAAGGAAUUGAAUUAGGAGUGGCAGAAACAACAUUGAUGAAAGCAAUAGCCCAGAGUACUGGGCGAACUCUAGCCCAAAUCAAAACUGAUGCUGCUGCAUCUGGUGACUUAGGAAUUGUAGCAGAACAAAGCCGAAGCAACCAGCGUAUGAUGUUCCAGCCUGCCAGACUUACAGUACGAGGAGUAUAUGAGAAGUUGAAAGACAUUGCGCAGAUGUCCGGUCAAGCGGCCAUGAGCAAGAAGGUUGACAAGAUUCAGUCAAUGUUUGUGGCUUGUCGGCAGUGUGAAGCUCGUUAUCUCAUUCGUUCCUUGGCUGGUAAACUACGCAUUGGAUUGGCGGAGCAGUCAGUUCUGCAGGCUUUGGCACAGGCCUGUGUUCUGACACCACCUGGACAAUCCUUCCCACCUGAAGUGAUUAAUGCUGCAAAAAAUAUGUCAUCUCAGACGUUCAAGAAUCGCCUGGAUGAAGAAGCAUCGAUUAUUAAAACCACUUACUGUGAAUGUCCAAACUAUGACAAAAUCGUACCCGUACUCUUAAAAGAAGGUGUGAAGGCUCUGCCAGAUCAUUGCCACAUCACUCCUGGGGUGCCUCUGAAGCCCAUGCUUGCUCAGCCAACGAAAGGAGUUCAAGAGGUUCUGCAGCGUUUUGAAGGCCUUAAAUUUACAUGUGAAUGGAAAUAUGAUGGAGAACGUGCACAGAUCCAUGUGCCAGAAGAAGGAAAGCCCAGUAUAUACAGCCGCAACCAAGAAAACAACACAACGAAAUAUCCAGAUGUUUUGUCCAGGUUACCAAAAAUACUAAAUGAAGGAGUUAAAUCUUGCAUAUUAGACUGUGAAGCUGUUGCAUGGGAUCGAGAAAAAAAGCAGAUUUUACCAUUCCAGAUUCUUAGUACUCGCAAGAGGAAAGAUGCAACAGAAUCUGAAAUCAAAGUACAAGUGUGUUUGUUUAUGUUCGAUCUACUGUACUUAAAUGGAGAAGCCCUUGUACGGAAACCUCUUUCAGAAAGACGUAAGCUUUUGAAAGACAGUAUGAAGGAGGUUGAGGGUGAGUUCCUCUUUGCCACAAAUCUGGAUACCACAAAAAUGGAAGAGGUGGAAGUGUUUUUGGAAGAAUCUGUGAAGGGAAAUUGUGAAGGACUUAUGGUAAAAACAUUAGAUGAAGAGGCCACAUAUGAAAUUGCAAAGCGAUCAAGGAACUGGCUAAAAUUGAAGAAGGAUUAUCUUGAAGGUGUGGGAGACACUUUGGAUGUAGUUGUCAUAGGUGGUUACCUUGGGCGGGGUAAGAGAACUGGGACUUACGGUGGUUUUUUGCUGGCGUGUUAUGACAAAGAAAAUGAAGAAUACCAGAGUAUUUGUAAGAUUGGAACUGGUUUCAGUGAAGAAGAUCUACAGAAGCACACAGAAUUCUUCAAACAACAUGUAAUAGAUAAGCCACGCCCAUAUUACAGAUAUGACAGUAGCCAUGAACCUGACCAUUGGUUUGAUGCAUCUCAGGUGUGGGAAAUUAAAUGUGCAGAUCUUUCCCUUUCCCCAGCACAUAGAGCUGCUUUAGGCAUUGUUGAUCCAGAAAAGGGAGUGUCAUUACGUUUUCCCAGGUUCCUUAGGGUUCGAGAAGACAAAUCAGUGGAGGAGGCCACCAGUGCAUCACAGGUUGCCGAGAUGUACAGAAAUCAAGACCAAGUAAAAAAUCAGGGAGGAUCUACAAAACCAAAUGAGGAAGACUUUUACUAGUGAAACCAUUUCUAAACAGAUUUUAUAAUAUUGUUUGUAUUAUUGUAUGAAAAGUACCUGUUGUGUGAGACAUUUCUUUAUUUUUAUAGUUUACAUUACUGUUUUAUAAUACAAAAAAAAUCCCUCACUUGUAAAUGACAAGUUAUGCAAAAGUUCAACUUUCCUAUUUUAACCACAUUUUGUAUAAGAAUUUUAAGAAACUACAUUUUUUUAGAAAAUGAAAAUAUUAUGUGGACACACUCA